AAGCUGACCUAAGCCCUGCUGUAGAUGCCUCAGGAUUGAUGGAGGAAUUCUUCUGUUGACCUAGUUAACACCUCUCAAGGAGGUGGAUUUCUACAGUGACAGAAGAACUCCCUCCAUCACUGUAGUAAGUGUUCACACUAAAUUGGCACAGCUGUGCCACUGUAGCAACCCUAGUGUAGACAUACCCUGUAAGGGGGAAGACUAGCUGAGUCAGAAGUCUGUGAAAAUCAUCAAGAAAAGGGAGCUGCCUGAGAGUCAGGAGACUCCCUCACUUUGCUAUUCUCUCCCUGAAAGGAUGGAAUUAUCAGGAAGCUAGAGGAGGGGGCUAGCUUGCUGAUCCCUCUGAGCCAAAGAACCAAGGGCAGAGAAGGCAGAGCUAAGCCUGUACUGAAGAUCCAUUUUACAGUUUUUGCUUUAAAGUGAAGAUCAGUAUUGAAUGAAGGCAUAUUUCGUAAGCCUGCUGCCGUACAUCAGAAUUUUUUUUUUCUUCAGACACAGAUUGACGAAUAUGUGAUAUGGAAGAACGUUUUAACAGAAGAAUAGACAAAGUCUCAGCAGUUGCUACGACCUCAACAGCACCUUCAUACCUGGUCUCGCCUGAAGUUCUCCGCAAAGACCACGAAGAUGGACCCACCACCUUUUGUACCCUCAUCCAUAAGGUGUCCCACUUGAAACUCUCCAACACAGGCAGCCUUUUGGGUAUCAAAAAUCUCUCCUCUGCAGUGAAGGAGCUUGCUGUCUCCAAAUUGCAGGGAAGCUCGAGUGCUUCUAGCUCAGCAGCAGGGGCUUCAGAAAACACAUGUAACCUUGUCUCUGCCACUCCGUGUUCUCAGCAGGACAUGAGCAAGAUGAGUACAGGAAAAAAAACACGGUCAGAGGAAAUGCACCUGGGAGGUGAAGACUGGAAUCAAAGUAGCAGCUUUGUCAAUAAACCCUCCCGAGGGUGGCUGCACUCGAAUGAGAAGAUCCUGGGACCUGGUGUGACGUACAUUGUGAAGUACUUGGGGUGUAUAGAGGUCUUGCGCUCAAUGAGAUCUCUUGACUUCAAUACAAGAACACAGAUUACAAGGGAAGCUAUCAGCCGUGUUUGUGAAGCAGUACCUGGAGCCAAAGCAGCCUUCAAAAAAAGAAAGCCACCAAGCAAAGUUCUCUCUAGCGUCUUGGGAAAGAGCAAUCUUCAGUUUGCAGGAAUGAACAUAACUCUGAAUAUUUCCACCACCAGCUUAAAUCUAAUGACUCCUGAUUCAAAACAGAUCAUAGCAAAUCAUCAUAUGCAGUCUAUUUCCUUUGCCUCUGGAGGUGAUCCGGAUACAACAGACUAUGUUGCAUAUGUUGCUAAGGACCCUGUUAAUCGCAGAGCGUGCCAUAUACUGGAAUGCUGUGAUGACCUGGCCCAGGAUAUUAUCAGCACCAUAGGGCAAGCAUUUGAACUUCGAUUUAAGCAAUAUUUACGGUGUCCCUCUAAGAUACCUGCUCUCCAUGAUAGGAUGCAGAGUUUUGAUGAACCUUGGAUGGAGGAAAAUGGAGAGCCAGCAGAACAUCCCUAUUACAACAGCAUUCCUAAUAAAAUGCCUCCUACUGGUGGCUUUAUUGAUGCUAGAUUCAAAACUAGGAUCCCAAAUACCGCAGAUACUGCUCAGUCUGCAGCAGCAGCAGGAAGAGAACAAACAUACUACCAGAGUCGACACUUCGGAGACAAAUUCAGUGAAGACUGGCAGCAUGCUCCUGUUAAACAAGGGUCCUUGGACAUUUACAGCGUGCCAGAAGGGAAGCCUCAGGUAACCCCAACAGGAGAGGUGCCAGCUUAUGUGAACACCCAACAUAUAAACAUGGAAGCUCUACUUGCACUUCAGGCAGAUGCUGCAUUCAGUGGAACAAAAGAGUGUACCAAAGACAGCAGUCCAAGAAAAGAUCUGUUUGAUAUGAAACCUUUUGAAGACGCUCUCAAGAACCAGGCCACUGGGCCUGCACUGAAUAAGGCUCCCUCGGUCGAGUGCACCAGUCCUCCAUUACCCAGAGCAGCUAACUGCACUAUAAUGAACGAGCUGAAUACAGAGCCUUGGUAUCAAGGAGAGAUGAGUAGGAAAGAAGCAGAACAGCUGUUAAAGAAAUGUGGAGACUUCCUGGUCAGGAAAAGCACCACAAAUCCAGGCUCCUAUGUGCUGACUGGUAUGCACAAUAGACAAGCCAAACAUCUUCUUUUAGUGGAUCCGGAAGGAACUGUUCGUACAAAGGAUCAUGUAUUUGACAGCAUAAGCCAUCUCAUCAACCAUCAUCUUGAGAACAAUUUGCCAAUAGUUUCCGCUGGAAGUGAACUCUGCCUCCAGCAGCCAGUUGAGAGGAAACAGUGACCCAUGGUGACAUGUUCAGCAUUUGUAAGCUAUAACCACUGCAGUGGACACUGCAAACCUGGAAACAUGUACAUUAAAAAAUACACACAUCUAUCUAUCUAUCACCAAUAUGUUUUCUUGAGCUUUAAAAAGCCCCAUCCCGUAUAG